CAAUACAGAUACAAAAUCAACAACUGCACCGCAAGAAAAGAACCUGCUACAACCGAUUACUGUUGAGAUGGUGUCUGCCUUGUCAUCGAUGAAACAGUGUACUCUGCCAAUAUAUCAGGGCCCUGCUAGAAAUGGACAGAAAAGGUUGAGGGGGUUUGUAUUAAAGAGAAUGAUUGGCCAGGGAGGAUUUGGAAGAGUCUAUAAAGGGACCCGCAUACACGAUGGCAGAAAGGUAUCAUUGCUUUUUCACACAGCAAAAUGUUUUAUCUCACUAUCCAUUUUGAUUCCUCUUAGUGCUUUUGAUCUUGUUUACAAUAAAAUAAUUUGUUUUGUUGUUCAGGUGGCAGUAAAGUUCAUCAAGAAGUGGGCGACCAUGCAGUACAUCAAUAUUCCGAGACAUUUUGCACCUGUUCCAUUAGAGGUUGCCCUGAUGCUCAUGGUUAAUAAGAGCCCCAGGGUUCCAGAGAUCAUUCGGCUCCUGGACUGGGAGGACUAUCCUGGCCACUACAUCUUGGUUUUGGAACUUUCCACACCCUGUGAAGAUCUGAGCGUCUAUGUUAAACGAUCUGGAGGAUUCCUCAAUGAAACCAAAGCACGGGUUAUCAUGGGGCAGACGAUACGGGCCGCUCAAGUGUGCUGUGCUCGCGGAGUCUUUCACCGUGACAUAAAGCUGGAGAACCUGCUGAUCAACCCACAAACACUCCGGGUCAAACUGAUUGACUUUGGGUGCGGGGACCUCCUGAAGGAUUCUGCGUAUCAUCACUACAGUGGGACGAGACAGUAUUCCCCUCCUGAGUUUAACAUGAUGAGACGGUACCAUGGGAAACCUGCCACUGUGUGGUCAUUGGGAAUCCUGUUAUAUGUACUGCUGUGUGGACGCCUUCCACGAUCCAGGAUUUUGCUGCGGAUGAAUUCAAGCUGUUGGUCCAGUUCUCGCUUGUCACAUGGUGAGUUGCCAUUCAUCACAACAAAAAUCAAUUAUAUUUCUGAAUCACUCACAAGUUUAAAGCUUACAGCUUCAUACAAGGACAACUGUAAGACGUCAAGUUUAAAAUUCCUCUUUCUCUCUUUUCUGCAGACUGUUGUGAUCUGAUUUGCUGCCUCCUGCAACAAGAUCCAUCUAAGCGGAUCAGUUUAGAAGACAUCCCGCAUCAUCCAUGGUUUAAGGUAUUUUGAAAAAAUAUUCACAUUUCAUCUUUUUUAUGUGUUUGUUUUAUAAGUACAUAAUUCACUCUAACAUCAGAAUAAAUCCAAGUGUAAUGUAGACAUUAGACCUAAUUUCUGUAUUUUCUUUUCAGGUCACCAAAUGUAGCAGCUUGCCAAAGAGGUAAAAUAUCACCACAGUUUUAUAGUUCCCUCUACACCUAAUUAUCUGGUGGGAUCGACAAGUUUUGGUUUGUCGUUAUUUUAAUUAUUCAUUUUAUUUAAGAUACAGAUCAAAGCAAACUAUUUCUCACUGUUUAAGGGGCUGACCAUUCAUUACAUCUCGUGUUGACUUUCUUCAGGGUGUAUCAAGCAUUAAAAUAAGGG